AUGUCUACCACAAAAGCCUUAAGGAUCGGAGAAGAGCUAUGGAAAACGAGAGUUGACAAGGUCAAUGCGGAGCUGGUGACUUUAACAUAUGGAACAAUCGUUGCACAACUAUGUCAGGACUAUGAUGGGAACUAUCAAGAAGUGAAUAAGCAGUUGGACAAAAUGGGAUACAAUAUUGGCAUGCGGCUUAUUGAAGACUUCCUCGCCAAGUCGGGCGUUGGCCGAUGUGCCAAUUUCCGGGAAACAGCGGAUAUGAUCGCCAAGGUCGGGUUCAAGAUUUUCCUCAAUGUUACCCCCACUGUUACGAACUGGACCAGUGAUAAUAACCAGUUUUCACUUGUCUUUGAUGAGAAUCCUUUGGCCGACUUCGUGGAGCUACCGGAUGAUGGAAGAGCGCAGGACGAGCUGUGGUUUUCCAAUAUUUUGUGUGGUAUUUUAAGGGGAUCGUUGGAGAUGGUACAAAUGCAAGUCGAAGCACAUUUUGUUAGCGAUAUGCUGCGCGGGGAUGACACGACGGAGAUGCGGGUAUCACUAGUGAGAUAUAUCGAGGAUGAAAUGCCCCCAGAGGAAGAAUAG